AUGGUUCUUGGUCACUCUCAACAAGGUGAUGACUGUGGUGCCGGUUGGAUCUCCGGUAAUAUCUCGCAUCUGGCUGAUUUUGGUAUCUAUGAUUGGUGUUGGACUUUGUCCCCGACACACUCCAGUCAAGAGAAUAUGCAAUUGUGUCAUUGGCUUGGACCCAGUUUUAACAUUGGCGGAUCUCUGUGUUUUGCAUGUGCCACUUCUUGUGGAAAAGUUUUACAGCGUUCAAGUGUGAUUCCUCUCUCUAGAGAAGAGCAGGAUAGUACAGAUAUCAAAGACCUGAAAAAGCGUUUUACAGAAGACUUACAUAACUGUUUGAAAAACUCUGACCCCAUCAAGAUUGAUGAUUUACAGGAUCCUUUGGGUGCCUACAAAGCUGAUGAAAAGUAUAUCAGACCUCUGCGCAUGAACGCUAACACUCCCCACUUUGAACGAUAUGAAGAUGAUGAAAUAUUGCAGCAUGAAGAGCUUUUUGAGGAAGCCCCAUCUGAAGAAGAUGCAAGGUGGAAUUUGACAAAUAUGUUGGUGUUAAGAUCCGGAAGAAUGAAAAUGGUAUUGACAAAUUUGGAGUUGUUCAUGGAAGAAAGAGAAGAGCAAAUGGCUUGUUGGUUGGUUAUUGAAGCAAUGAUGAUGAAUGUUGAUGAUGACGGUAAUAGUAUCCUCCAUGUGAAAGAAUUUAUUGAUCACAGGACGGAUGGCACACGAGUCCAUGCUGAUGAUGGUUUUGUCAUGGUAAAGAAUAAGAAAGUUCCUCGAAGAACUACAAAAGGGUGGUAUCUGUGUGCUCAAAUUCAUGGUGAUGAGACAGAAUGGAUUGAUUUGAAAACGGCAAAGAAGGCCUAUCCAAUUCAGGUGGCCGAAUAUGCUGUUGCUAACAAACUUGUAUCUGAGCCUGCUUUCUCUUGGUGGGUUCCUUAUACUCUGAAGAAGCGUGAUAGAAUCCUAAAGGCUGUGAAAAGAAGAGCCUUAACUCGCAAGACUGAGAAAUUUGGUUUAGAAUUGCCUGGUACUGGUCCAAAAGGCGUGAGACGUGCCUACGAGAUUGAUGCCAACACUGGUAGCAAUCAUUGGGGAAAUGCUAUUGAAAAGGAAGUAAAAACUGUGUUGCCUGCCUUAAGAAUCUUGGGACCAAAUGAACCUGUUCCCCCUGGAUAUACUUGUAUUGACUUGAUGACUGUCUUUGAUGAUAAGAUGGACCUCACACGAAAGGCCCGGAUAUGUGCUCGAGGGGACCAAAAUGAUCCUCCUCUUUCGGAAACGUAUGCCAGUGUUGUCACUUGUGAGAGUAUUUGUAUUGGAUUCUUGCUUGCUUCGUUAAAUGGUUUGGAUAUUUUGUCUGCUGACAUUGCUGGAGCGUAUUUGAACGCGCCUUGUGCUGAGAAGAUUUACACAGUACUUGGACCCGAGUUUGGAGACCUUGAGGGCCGCACUGCUGUUGUGGAGAAAGCACUCUAUGGAUUAAAAUCUUCCGGGUUCCCAUGGAGAUGUACGCUUUCUAAGACUCUGAGAGAAGAAAUGGAGUUCGAACAGUGUUGUGGUGAUAUGGAUGUUUGGAGAAAACCCGCUUUGAAGUCAAAUGGCGAAAAAUAUUACGAAUAUAUUUUUGUUUACACCGAUGACCUUAUGGCUGUUUCUGAAAAUCCUCAUGCUAUAUUGGAGAAGCUUGGAACGCAUUACAUGCUCAAGCCUGAUUCAAUUGCAGGGCCUACAACAUUCCUUGGUGCAACAAUUUCAAAACGUUUUGUUGAUCCUAGCGAUUCUCAAAAAUGCUGGUUGAUUGGUUUGACUAACUAUUUGCUUGAAGCGUUACAUGUCGUUAAGUCUCGAAUCUCACAUCAAAAAUACAACUUGAAUUUAAAAAGAAACGUGUCUGCUGCCUUACCUUCUGGUUAUAGACCUGAGCUUGACAACACUGAUUUUGUUGACGCAGAGACACACACCCUGUAUAUGCAACUGAUUGGUAUAUUACGGUGGUUGGUUGAGCUUGGAAGAAUGGACGUUUGUGCUGAAGUCUCAAUGAUGUCUUGGUACAAUGCCAUGCCUCGUGUUGGACACUUUCAUGCGGUAUUACACCUUUUUGGUUAUCUUGAAACACAUCCAAGCUGCGAGAUUGUCAUGGAUUCCGCAUAUAUGGCUCUGACUGACAUACCAAAAUCUGAAUGGCAUGAAUUCUAUCCAUGGGCAAAAGAAGUACUGCCCCCUGAUAUGCCAGAAGCCCUUGGACGAGCGGUAAAGAUUGUGAUGUUUGUUGAUGCCUCAUAUGCUUCCAAUCUUGUUACACCUCAAUCCAGAACAGGUGUUCUUAUCCUCUUGAAUCAUGCACCGAUCGUUUGGUAUUCAAAGAAGCAGAAUGCUGUCGAAACAAGUUCUUUUGGAAGUGAAUUUGCUGCAUUGAAGACUGGUGUUGAAUUGGUUGAAGGUCUAGUAUACAAAUUGCAAAUGAUGGGCGUACCAAUUGAUGGCCACUGCCAUACUCUUGUUGAUAACAACUCUGUUGUGAUGAACGCAAGUCGCCAGGAAUCUGUCUUGAAAAAGAAAAGCAAUUCUGUUGCUUAUCAUUAUGUUCGUUCAAGUGAUCUUAUUUGA